GUUCGCCGCUCUAGCAAGUCGGACGUUGCUAGUGAAUCGGGGACAACGUUGGUCUAUGAACAUGGCGAACAUCAGGCGUGUCAAGGGCAUGGUUGGGCUGGUGACUGGAGGAGCUUCUGGUUUGGGCCGGGCCACUGUGGAACGUCUGGUCAGUCAAGGGGCUAGCGCUGUGAUCCUGGACCUGCCUAGUUCGGAUGGACACAAUCUGGCCACUAGUCUUGGCGACCGCUGUGCGUUUGCCCCCGCUGAUGUCUCCUCAGAGUCAGAUGUGCGUUCAGCCGUGUCCCUGGCUCGGGAGAAGUUUGGUCGCCUGGAUUUGGCUGUAAACUGUGCUGGUAUCGCUGUUGCUGUGAAGACAUACAACUUCAAAAAGGAUCUUCCACACAGCCUUGAGGACUUCACACGCGUUAUUAAUGUUAACAUAGGUGGUACCUUUAAUGUUAUCCGACUGGCUGUUGGUGAAAUGUCUAAAAAUGAGCCGGACGCAGAUGGACACAGAGGCUGUAUCAUCAACACAGCCAGUGUGGCUGCCUUUGAUGGACAGGUGGGCCAGGCUGCUUAUUCUGCAUCCAAGGGUGGCAUCGUGGGGAUGACUCUACCCAUUGCCCGUGACCUGGCUCCCAUGGGGAUUCGUGUGGUCACCAUUGCUCCCGGUCUGUUCUCCACACCGCUGCUAGCUGGUCUGCCAGAGAAGGUGCGAAACUUUCUGGCUCGUCAAGUGCCCUUCCCCUCCCGCCUGGGAGACCCCGCAGAGUUCGCACACCUGGUGACGUCGAUCACUGAGAACCCCAUGCUCAAUGGGGAGGUGAUUCGACUGGACGGUGCCAUCCGCAUGCAGCCAUAGGAUCCUGAAGGCAUCGGGCCUGUUACAAAGACUCCAUCUUCAGGGGUUCUGUAGUGUGGGUGUUUGAUUUUAUGUGUGCAUUAAUGUAAAAUGCUGUCAGAGACACAUGCACAAAUGUGAGGUGCUGGACCAUGACAAAUAUCAAUUUCAACAAGUGGAAUAAUUCCAAACAAUCGUUAGGAGAGACAUACUUAAGCAGAAGAACUAUUGUUUAUCUUGGUUUGUAUUCCUUUUUAAACUACUUCUGCCCAGAGUGCAUUAUGUAGAUACUACAGCUACCACUCCCUAUAAUGUGAGCGUUUGACUGCUUUACAAUGCACUAAAGCUCCAUUGUAGUCAUGGGUGUGGUAUAUCUCGAAGUGACUUGAUAAUGAGUUAAGUAAUCAGUAACAUAAUACUAUGUGUCUGUCCUCUGAAUGAUGCAUUUUCUUUUCACUUUUUGUAAAAGUCAUCGAGGAGAACCUUUAUCAGUUCACACAGAUGGGAAUCAGGGACUUUCAUGUGUGUGUGAAUGUAAAAUAAAAGCAGAAUUGAGAAAUUGA